AUAAACUUAUUUAUUAUUAUCACAAUCAACACCUCUUUAUCACUAGCCUUAAUUCUAAUUGCAUUCUGACUACCCCAAAUAAACCUAUACUCAGAAAAAGCAAACCCAUACGAAUGCGGCUUUGACCCAACAAGUUCUGCACGACUACCUUUUUCAAUAAAAUUUUUUCUCGUAGCUAUUACAUUCCUUCUAUUUGACCUAGAAAUUGCCCUUCUAUUACCCCUCCCAUGAGCCAUUCAAUUUACAAACACUACAACGACAACCCUUACAGCCUUCAUCCUAGUAACUAUCUUAUCCCUAGGCCUAUGCUACGAAUGAGUACAAAAAGGCCUAGAAUGAACAGAAUAG